AUUUUCCUCAUUGAUUUGAUCUGCCUCCGUAUGUGUGUUGUUUUGAUGAAUCUACUUUUUUAUUUUAUCUGUUAAAAGAAAAAGCAUAUCCAUUCACAGGAAAUCGAAUAUAAUUAACUUUUAGGUAGAUUCGUCAUGUUUCUCACACAGUGUAGACUAUAAGAUUUCGUGAUAAACUUCUGUGUUGUCUCAGCUUAUCGUUGAAGGAUAACUGGUAUUCUGUUUUUGAAGAACCCAGCCCUUCGAUUUGGGCAACUGUUUCGAAGACUAGUGUAGUGUUUGCUGAUGUCAAAGAGUUAGUUUCGCAGGCGUCAUGGACGGCCACGCCGAAGGAGACCGCGACCGAGCGAUGUUGGAUGCAGCGGAGGGGGAUGUCGGCCGAUACAGCAUGGUGCGUUGCGUGUCGCAGUCGUCGCUGGACGAGUCGUCGCAGCGGCCGGGCGCGCCGGACGCGCCGGCCGCCGCCGCGCACGCCGCCGCGCUGCUGGCCGAGCUCGCGCGCCUGCGCACGCUCGCCGCGCUCACCGACGUGCGCCUCAUAGCGCAGGCCCCGCCGGAGUCGGCGGAGAGCGGCGCGGCCCCCGGCGCGGGCGUGUGCGCGCACCGCGCCGUGCUGGCGGCCGCCUCGCCCUACUUCCACGCCAUGUUCACGCAGUUCGACGAGCGCACGCGGCCCGUCGUCACCAUACAGAAUGUGGAGCCGUCUGCGCUGGAGACGAUCGUGGAGUACAUCUACACGCCCGAGUCGCUCGUCAUCACGGAGGACAACGUGCAGGGCCUGCUGGCGGGCGCGUCGCUGCUGCAGGUGGCGGGCGUGCGCGCCGCCAGCUGCGCCUUCCUGAGCGCGGCGCUGGCGCCCGACAACGCGCUGGGCAUCCGCGCCUUCGCCGAGCUGCACGCCUGCGCCGCGCUCGCCGCCGCCGCGCGCGCCUACGUCGACGCGCACGCGCUCCAGGUGAUGGAGAGCGAGGAGUUCCUGGCGCUGACGCCGGACGUGCUGGCCGACAUGCUCGACAGCGACCGCAUCACGGUGCCGAGUGAGGAGGUGAUCCUGGACGCCGUCAUCCGCUGGAUGCAGCACGACCCCGAUGAGCGGCGCGAGUCGCUGGGCGCGCUGCUGGAGCACGUGCGGCUGCCGCUGCUGCCGCAGGACGCGCUGGUGGCGCGCGCCGCCGCCGAGCCGCUCGCCUCCGCGCCGCUCAAGGUCAAGGACCUGAUCAUCGAGGCGCUGUCGUUCCACCUGAUGCGGCCCGAGCGGCGCGCGGCGUGCGCGGCCGCGUGUGCGCGCGCGCGGCCGCGGAGACCGCCGCGGGCGCCGCGCGCGCUGCUCGUGGUGGGCGGCCAGGCGCCCAAGGCGGUCCGCGAGGUGGAGCUGUGCCCGCUGGAGGGCGAGGGCGGGUUCCGCGCGGCCAGCGAGCUGCCGUCGCGCCGCUGCCGCGCCGGGCUCGCCGCCGUCGCGGGGAAGGUCUACGCCGUCGGCGGCUUCAACGGCACCCUGCGCGUGCGCAGCGUGGACGUGUACGACAUCUCGCGGGACGCGUGGUCGGCCGGCCCGCCGCUGGCCGCGCGCCGCUCCACGCUGGGCGUGGCCGCCAUCGGGGACACCAUCUACGCCGUGGGCGGGUUCGACGGCGCGACGGGGCUGUCGUCGGCGGAGGCGCUGGCGCCGGGCGCGGCGGCGUGGCGGCCCAUCGCGGGCAUGUCGUCGCGGCGCUCGUCCGUGGGCGUGGGCGUGCUGGGCGGCCGCCUGUACGCCGUGGGCGGCUACGACGGCGCCAGCCGCCAGUGCCUGCACUCGGUGGAGCGCUACGACCCCGACACCGACACCUGGGAGCCCGUCGCCGACAUGUCGGCGCGGCGGUCGGGCGCGGGCGUGGGCGUGGUGGCGGGCGCGCUGUACGCCGUGGGCGGGCACGACGGGCCGGCGGUGCGCCGCAGCGUGGAGCGGUUCCGGCCCGGGGAGGGCUGGAGCCCGGCGCCGCCCAUGUGCACGGCGCGCCGCAACGCCGCCGUGGUCGCGCACGCGGGCAAGCUCUACGUCGUCGGCGGGGAUGAUGGCGCCGCUAAUCUGGAUACAGUUGAGGUGUUCGAGCCGAGCACGGAGACGUGGUCGCUGCUGCCGGCGCGCAUGUCGCUGGGGCGCUCGUACGCGGGCGUGUGCGUGGUGGAGCGCGCGUGAUGCCCGCCCGCCGCGCCGCCCCGCGCGCCGCCCCGCUCGCCGCCCCGCUCGCCGCCGCCGAGUGCCGCGCUCGACCCCGGGUACGUGAACGUGGGCCUGCCGGCCGCGGGCGGCGUGCGCUGGCGCGCGCUGUACGCGGGCCGCGCGCUGCGCCCCAUACACCAG